GCAGCGGGGCGAUCCCUCCCCACAGGACAAGUGUGCCUGAGGGGACCCCCCCACCGAGCUCCGCAGCCCCGGGGGCGAUCCCGAUCUGUGGGUUCGGUUUGGCUGAGGGGAGCAGCGGGGCGAUCCCUCCCCACAGGACAAGUUUGCCUGAGGGGACCCCCACACCGGGCUCCGCAGCCCCGGGGGCGAUCCCGAUCUGUGGGUUCGGUUUGGCUGAGGGGAGCAGCGGGGCGAUCCCUCCCCACAGGACAAGUUUGCCUGAGGGGACCCCCACACCGAGCUCCGCAGCCCCGCAGUCCCGGGGGCGAUCCCGACCCGUGGGUUCGGUUUGGCUGAGGGGAGCAGCGGGGCGAUCCCUCCCCACAGGACGAGUCUGCCUGAGAGAAGCCCCGCAGCCCCGGGGGCGAUCCCGUCUCACAGGGAGCGUUUGGCUGAGGGGAGCAGCGGGGCGAUCCUCCCCCACAGAACGAGCUUGCCUGAGGGAAACCCCGCACCGAGCCCCGCAGCCCCGCGGGCGACCCCGACCCGUGGGUUCGGUUUGGUUGUGGGAAUGCCCGCAGCGAGCCCCGCAGCCCCGCGGGCGAUCCCGACCCGUGGGUUCGGUUUGGUUGUGGGAAUCCCCGCAGCGAGCCCCGCAGCCCCGCGGCCCAGCCCGCCCCGGCAGCGCUGCGCAGGCGCGGGCGGGCGGCGGGCGGGGGCCGUUCCCGGGGCAACGGCCGGGCCGGGCCGGGGCCGAGCGGCCGCGCUGGGCAGCGGCACCCGCCGGGCAUGGGGCCCGCGCCGGGGCCCCCCCGACACCAUGCUGCUCGGCAGGAAGCCGGACGGGCCCCUCGCAGCGGCCAGGAUUGGAGAUGGAUUGUACGACUCCUAUAUGAGGAUAGAUGACUGUAGAUACCCAGAGCCUACAAAUGAAGAACGGAGCCCUUCAGGACUUCCUUCCCUUUCAAGACCUCAUGUUUCUAUCAACAAACUCAUGAUGAAGGAUCACUGUCUGACUGGAAAUCAGGUCAAAGUGGAGCAGUUAUUUGAGGACUCUGGCAACAGAAGGAGCAGUGCUCUUCAGUCUGCAGGCCUCACUCCAGAAAGAUCUCUCCCUUCGCUGACGAAAGAGAAAACCCUAGAGAGCCUGGCUGCUAGGGGCAGUGCAAGCUCCUUGAAAUCACAUAAAGCCAUCUCCCAAGCUCCAGAGGAAGCUGUCAGACAGUUCAAACAUCAGCUAUCAGCUUAUGAGCAGCAGGAAAUCUUUAGUUUCUCUGAGAUUUACUUUGUGGGGCCGUCUGCCAAAAAGAGGCAGGGGGUGAUCGGCGGCCCCAACAACAGCGGCUACGACGACGACCAAGGCAGCUACAUCCACGUGCCCCACGACCACCUGGCUUACAGGUAUGAGGUGCUCAAAAUCAUUGGCAAGGGCAGUUUUGGACAAGUUGCUAAAGUCUAUGAUCACAAACUCCACCAGCACCUGGCCUUAAAGAUGGUUCGCAAUGAGAAGAGGUUCCAUCGGCAAGCUGCCGAGGAGAUCAGGAUCCUGGAGCACCUGAAGAAGCAGGAUAAAACAGGCAGCAUGAAUGUGAUCCACAUGCUGGAGAGCUUCACCUUUAGGAACCACAUCUGCAUGACCUUUGAGCUCUUGAGCAUGAACCUGUAUGAGCUGAUUAAAAGGAAUAAGUUUCAGGGCUUCAGCCUCCAGCUGGUUCGGAAGUUCGCUCACUCCAUCCUGCAGUGUUUGGAUGCCCUUUACAGAAACAAAAUAAUCCACUGUGACUUGAAGCCAGAAAAUAUCCUCCUAAAACAGCAAGGGAGGAGUGGAAUCAAGGUUAUAGAUUUUGGGUCCAGCUGUUUUGAGCACCAAAGAGUCUACACAUACAUCCAGUCCCGGUUUUAUCGGGCGCCAGAGGUGAUCCUGGGCAGCCGCUAUGGGAUGCCCAUAGACAUGUGGAGUUUUGGCUGUAUCCUGGUGGAGCUUUUGACUGGCUACCCUCUUUUCCCUGGAGAGGACGAGGCAGACCAGCUGGCCUGUAUCAUGGAACUGCUUGGCAUGCCACCUCAGAAGCUUUUGGAUCAAUCCAAGCGAGCCAAGAACUUCAUCAACUCCAAGGGGCAGCCGCGGUACUGCACGGUGCUGACGCAGCCCGACGGGAAGGUGACGCUGAGCGGGAGCCGCACGCGCCGGGGCAAGCUGCGGGGGGCCCCGGGCAACAAGGACUGGCUGACAGCUCUCAAGGGCUGUGACGACCCCCUGUUCACUGGCUUCCUGAAGGAGUGCCUCAGCUGGGACCCCUCUGCACGCAUGAUCCCCAGCCAGGCCCUGCGGCACCCCUGGAUCUGCAAGCGGCUGCCCAAAGCGGGCGGCCUGGAGAAAAGCUCUGGCAGGCGCAUCUCGGGCUAUUCGGGCUCCUUCCAAGGAAUUGCCAACAAGCUGCCUCCUGUGGCUGCAGUCCCCAGCAAGCUGAGGGCCAGUCUGGCUGCUGAGCCCAGUGGCAGCAUCCCUCUGUGUACUGUGCUCCCCAAACUGGUCAGCUAGUGGGGAGGGCUGGGCUCCCAGGAGACACCGUGUGUGUUAACUGUCUGUUCGUGCUGAGGGAGGAAAUCAAAUGCAGAGGGUUGGGUUUACUUUUUGUUAGGGGCUCAGUCUGGAAUAUUGGAUGAUCAGUCCAAAAUGUGCACAUGAAAGGGCUGAUUUUACUCAGUUGCUUCACUCACACCUGGUGCAUAUCCCACUGCUGAGGGUUCAGCUCAGCUGGGGAAUACAGGGACAGUUUGGCUGAUGAGCUGUUUAAAAAUGCUGGUUUAGAAAUCAAACCAUUUCUUAUCAUGGCUCAACAGGUUCUUUUAUUUAAGGCAGGAAAGGAACUUGAUUUAAACUCCUGUGUUUUUAGUUAUCUCCAGCCAAACUCUUUCUUUUCUGGGGGAAAGUUUUUAAAUCUCUUGUCAAAAGCACAAAUGCAUUAAUGUAAUGCAUUAGGAACUUACUUGCAAAUUGCUUAAGUUUGAAGAAUUUUAUUUCUCUGCAUUGCUUUUCCCUUAUCUAUCCUGGGAUUUUAAAAAAUGUGAUGGGAUAUAGACACCAAAGGAAUUUGUUGUUGGAAGAGAAAAUACUCAGAUGAUAAAAUUUCAAAGCAGCAUAGAAAUGCCAUGAAACACAGGAUCUAUCUAAAUAAAAUUACUAUUUUCUGUAAUAUUUGCUAUUUCCCCUAAAAAUCUAUGGAAAGUUUGUAGGGGAAUUUGGGAUCAGGCCUGGUCCAUCACAAGUGUGAGCCAAUUUGUUCAGGUAAUGAUUGAAUUAUCUGUUUCUUUGGAGCUCAGAUUUCCAUCAUCAGUUCUGCCAGAUGUGUGUCUUUGUUUUUCCUGUGUUUCUAAAACAAAAAUGUUGAACUUCAAGAGCUGGUUUAUAUCCAUGUUUGAGAUUCUGGUAAUUGCAAAAAAUUAUCUCUUUGUGUAGAGUGAAUUCCAUUGAAUUACAUGAAGCUCUUUUAAUAAAAAUGCAAACUGCCA